GGUACAACUUAACAUUGAGUCUUUCGGUAUGAGCCAUGUUAGAAAGAAAUCGUUGCCUCUAAAAGAAUCACUUAAAACGCGUACAGAGUGAUUUGAACGGAGUUACAAUGUAAUAUUUUUUUAAUUUGAGAUUAAAUCGCCGAUAGUUACGUGGUUUUAAGAAAAAUCGGUAUGAAAUGGCAAAUUGACGGUUUCGGAUAAAGGUUACUUGCAAGUGUUCACACCCUAUUUACAAGGUUUAAUUGCUGUCAUAUUGUUAACUGCUGAUGGAUUGUGAAGAGGAACCGAGAUUCAACAUGUAUAGUUGUUUCAGGAACAGAACCGGAAUGUUAUCUUCCGAGCUAACAUAAGUUUGUUCUGUUGUUUUCAUGUACUAAAAAUAUGGACUUCAAACACAUUAUUUAUACGUUUAACAAAAGCUAUACUGAUGGCUGAUAUUACGAUGGACUAUAAUAAUAGCUACUAUAAAUGACUGAAGUGCAUAUACAAUGCCGCGUGUUAUUCUUAUAUUCCAUAUAUUCUCGGUCGUUAUGUUUAUUUCUUCAGUCGUUAAAGGACAGUCUUUACCAGGUGCCCCUAUUAAUUUGUUCGUAGUAUCGGACUCGAAUAACAUUGGCGUCCAAUGGGAGCCUCCAACGGAAACGUACGGAAUUAUACAAAAAUAUAUCGUGAGUUACGCCAUACUCCCAAACAUUACCGAAGUCAACACGAUCUUGAACGGAGACGUUACAAUGGCUCUCAUAGCCGUGCGACCGUUUCCGGGAAGGCUGUUUAAAAUAAGGGUCUCGGCGGAAAAUGACGCGGGCAUUGGACCCGCGUCUCUACCAAAAUAUGUCCGAACAAAUUGCGGUAAAAAAUUCGACAUCUCCCCGCAAAGCAAUGUCACCUUGUUGUCACCGGGCUUUGAUGACGCCACCGGUUUACCAGCAGGCGUCCUCUGUGAAUGGAACUUCGAAACUGUUCAGAAAUACUCAUUACGCAUUAUUUUCCACGAACUAGAUUUACUCGACAAUUCUUACUUACAAAGCGACCUACUUCGCGGCAUCUCAGAUCGUAGAAACUGUACAGAGAACUACAUAAACAUUACAGGCAUACCACAAAUAUGCCGUAUACCGUACACAGGUUACUUGCUCGAUACAAACUCGGAUAGUAUUUCUAUUCUGUUAAAAACGAGCGUUCAGGGUUCCCGGGGAUUCAAGUUGACAGUUCAUAGUGACAUAAGACUACCCGGGCCCCCGACUCAUAUCGCCACAAGUGCUUCAGACCACGCUAUUUUUGUGGCUUGGGACGAACCAAGGGAGAUAACUUUCCCAAUAACAGCAUAUCAUUUUAGGUACGGGAUAAAUUCCGUUCCGAAUGCAUUACUCAUAGUUGUCGGUGCUAAUAUGAGACAAUUUUCAAUUAAUACCGACAAAUACCAAGGCAAAAUUGUUCAUUUAAACAUCAGUGCUGUGAUUGGUGAAAAAGAAGGUCAAAUGUCAAGGACAUUCUAUAUUCGUGCACCAUGUGUACGGCGAAUUAACGUUGAAUUCUCACAACCAGUGAACAUUUCGUCGCCUGGUUACCCGUCAUCGUACCCUAGCAACGUCAUCUGUGUUUGGCAAGUGACGUUACCAGUGAGUACGGCGUUGCGGAUGACUUUCUUCGACUUCCGGCUAGAAGAUACCCAGUUUUGUAGCAGUGAUUACAUAACACUGUCCUCGGACUAUCCAUUACAACCGAGGUGUUCCAAAAUGACGUUACCGAUGACUUUAGCAUUAGACGUUAACGCGUUUAAUCUGACAUUCCAUUCCGAUAACAUCAAUGAGUACCCAGGAUUUCUGAUUGGAAUAAAUGCAACAGAGCGAGAAUCCGAUGUUGCUAUAGCAAUGACAUCACCAAUGACGUCAUCAUUUAUUCCGAAAAAAAUCACAGAAAGUGACGGGGAAAAUAUAGCGACAGAAAACAAUGUAACGAACAUCACAACUAACACACACAAACAUGUCUCCGAUUUGAGUACAGCUCAGCCAGACAACAGUCCGGAAACUGAAUCGAAAAAUUCGUCCUCAUAUACCCCAUCGAUGACGUCACUUAGUAAUGAAAGUAGUUUCACGUUACCGACAACAUUGGCUUACUAUAACGUUAACCUCACACAAGCCGGUCCAACUAAACAGACAUCGCCCAAUAAUUCAACGCCGGAUCCACUUGCGUCGCAAAUACCAGCGUCCACACCCAUCAAAACGUUGACGUCGACUACAAUGACCUUGCCGACUACUAGUAUAGUAAAUGUAGAGGAAACAACGACCAACAACAAUUAUGCAAUAUAUAAUUCUACAAGUGUUGCCAGCGCCUUCCAAUCUGAUGACGUCAUCCCUGAAACUAUUGAAGUCACAGUUACAAUCGUCCUCUCAUUGGUCGGCGCCAUGUUGCUUGUAUCUCUUGUCAUCGCAUACACGUGCGUGCGCAGAGCAAGGGGGAAAUUUAGAAUACACGCAUCGGGGGUCGGUCGGAUUUCCCGCCCUAUAGAGCUGCACGAUAUCAUCGUGAACCCAAAAGACCAAAGCCAGGCGCUGAAUUAUUCAACAUUCUUGGCGCAUGCGUACGGGCAGACUGGAAACUCUAGAGGCCGGAAACCGGAACCCGUUUGUAAUACGCCAGAACACGCUAAUGGUUGGGGCUACUACCAUCGGUCAAACGAAAGGCCAAGAAAAAGGAGAUACUCGUUCCCGUGUUGCUUUUCUGCCCAACAGCAAAAUAUAAACCGCGAGAUAGACCGGACUCUGGCCUCGUUCGCCUUCAUCGAGGACACUGUCGCCCUAGAAUCAGCGCUCUACAGGAAGCUGCGUCUUCGGCGAACAAACAGUUUGUGACAUCACCUGAUUUGACAUCACCAUGACCUCAAGGAAAAUAGUUUCUUUAAGCUCGCCUGAGCAAAAAGCUUCGCGCGUCUUUCGUACUUCUGUGCGUAUCGUGAUAUCAACUUUUAGCUCGUUACCACACUAUAAGCCCACUUUUAAUAUUGAUGACAAUGUGUCGGAAUUUUUAACGCGAAAACUUCAAAGCCGAAUUUGAAUGUGGAUGAUGUCAACAUGUGAAAUCUUUUUUUUAAACCCAUCACUAUACAAUGGCGAAGACGACGUACGGUUAUUUACCAUCGGGACUUUGGUAAUAACCCAUCGCACGAGCACAGUUUGCAGUGUGGAUAUUGUGCCAUAGAUAUUACAAAUCUGAAAAUUCAAAACAAUCUUAGUACGAAGGUAUAUCACAUGGGUUCAUGAUUGUACUGGCGAGUUAGUUUCACUAUCAAAUAAUAAUAUCGUUCUACAAAUAUUGUGGCAAAAAGUUCACAUGUAUACGAAUAUAAAAAUCAAUGUUUAUUAAAACCACGAGGUGUAUUUCAAUCUGGCCAUGUGAGGCAAAACUGACUGAUUUACUAAGAAAAGAACAGAAGAAAUAGUUCCUCGAAUAGGAAACGGGGUGGGCACGUGAGGUCGCCGCUAUAACUAUUUUAUUUUGUUGACGGAAGGAGACCAAUUCAUUGCCUUGCGUAUUAAUACAAUAUUAAUUAUACAGUAUUUUAUCAACUUUGGUUGGCUUUUCGAUCGAUGAUGGUAUUUUGAAUAUACAAUUAAAGUUCAUGGUGUUGGUGACAUACAAGUGAAAACAGAAAGGCACAAAGUAGACAUUUAGCUUUCUUAACUGAGCAUAUUUCCGCCAUUUUAGUACAAGUUUUGACUCGCACAACAUAGAAAGUAUAUACAACCUUGGUGAACAAAUCACCUUCAUAUGCAAGGUGGAUUAAAAAAGUUAUAGAUUUGGAAAGAUUCUGAAAAUCAUACUAAAACAAUAUACAUGUAGUAAGCAUUCAGGUUACACGCGAAUAAUAAAUUCGGCGGAUCGACCUUGUUGAUGAAUGUGGUUCAUCAACAUUUUAGAAAAACAUCUUUUUAUUUAGACAAAUUCCUAUUAAGGGUAAUUAAAUUUGUUUUUCAUCAAGUAUAAAGACUUAUUUCGCUGCCUAGAAGUAUAAGUGACGUCAUUGGGGGGUUUGCUUUAUAACCAAACUGUCAAUGACGUCCCUUAAAUACCCAUGCGUGACAAUUUGCCAGACUGCAUUGGCAGAUUAGUUAUAAGAACUUGUCUCUCAACAAUGCAAACUUCCAACCUAUGAAGUUUCAUCUUGAUACCUCAUACUAUAGGUAAGAUAUGUCAUUGUCAAAAAUUACAGCACAAGCAUUCACAAGGCAAAAGUUGUAAAAUUAUGGAAGCAUGAGUUAUAUUUCUUAUGGAUACCUUUCCCCUCAUUUACGCCAACCUACAUUUUCAAUUCGUAAUUGAUAACUUUUAUAUUUAUUAAGAUAUGCUCCUAACAAAGGCCAAGUACUAAAACUUAUAAACUGCAAUAACUCUAAACUUAUGGAACCACGCAGUAUUACUUAUGUACAAGCCACAUCCUCGCAAUUGAUAUACCAACCUACUAAGUUAAAAGCCGAUUCCUUUUGUAGUUUUCAACAUGAGCUCAAAACAAAAUUAAAAAAACACACACGAAAUAUUCAGAAUAUGGAAGCAAGAGUUUAAGUUCUUUGACAAUGUGGGAUACAAAUACUUGCACAUGCGUCACUUCAUAUCACUAGGAACAAUGCCUUUGUUUAUAUAACGCCGGUAAACAACUUUUUGACAGACAGAAAGACAAACUGAGAGACAGUCGUCCAAGGCGAUUUCACGACAGCCAUUCUAAUGUAUCGGGGGAGGGGGUAAUAAAAAGCUAACAGAUAACUUUUUAUUGCUUUGUUAUCAUCAAAUAUAAUGACGCGUUCACUUUAUGUUUAUCAUACAGCAAUAUUCAAAGUCAAACAUGUGAAGGCAUUUUUCAGCAUAAAGCACUCUGUCAAAUUGGACGCGUCGGAUUAUAAAUGUCCCUCGAGCCGUAAUGUCUCGUCGUCGAUUUUCCUGUCGUCAGUUAUGGCGUCACCACCGGAUGUUGCGUCACCGGAAGUCACAAAGCCCUGCGAUAAUGCAGUGAACAGGCUUUGGAGUUCCGGAAGUGCCUCACUGUCGUCUCGAGGGAUUCUGAAGCAUCCCACACAGCGGUUGUACUUCCGGUCGCGAACCUGAUUGAAAAAUGACAAAAUUAUAUCGUAUUUUGAUUUUAAAGUACUCGGAUGUUAUGGUGUGGUUGGUACUAUACGAAAUGUUAACUUUUUAAAGACAGCUUUUGUAGUCCGACCAAAUACUGUUCGUAUUUUAGUUUAUUAUUUUCAAACAUUUUAUUAAUACAUAUAAAACAGCAUAUUUGAAAAAUAAACAGUACGGACGGGAUGGCGCCGCUCAGUAUUAUAUAUAUACAUAAUAUAUAAAGGGAUAUUUGAUGCAAUAAGAUAUGUAUACAGUAUUUUUUGUGAUGUUGCGUUACGGCGUGAUCUCUUCCGGUAUUGCAUAUAAAUUGUAUGAAGAGGUCGUACCUCAGCAGUGACGUUGACGCACGCGGCCUGCUUCCGCGUGUCAACAUAACUGGGUACCAGGCACACUGACUUCACAGCCGGGAACCUGGGCACGUGACGCGAGCAAAUCGGAUGUCCUAGACAGUAGAAUGUCAACGGCUCAAUAAAUCAAUUUUACAGAAAUGGUAGUUUUGUAGAUAUGAUACGUUUUUCCCUGGUCGAUAACUUAUAAAUCAUAUGACAUCCUUAAGCCCAAUAAUUUGCUGUUAGUUUACCUUAUAUCAAUAUUCGUAUUUCAUCGUCAUGACGAAGAGCAAUGUGUCCCGUCUUCAUAUGAACAAACGUUAUUUCUAGCGUCUAGUUUGGGUAUCAACGCAGCCUUUUUAUGUGUAAAAGUUCAUCUAAUAUGAUAUAUGUUUUGUGUUGCCAACCAUGUUAUCCAGCCAUUAAGUUAUUUAUAUUAUCUAUAAGAAAUUAUUAUACAAAAAAACUGUCCAGCAAAUACAUUCUAGCCUACUAUUUUAAUCGAUAUAGCACUGAAGCAUUUGCGAUAAGUUAAGCAUUGAUAUUAUGCAAUAGAUCUGACAAUGAUCAGUGUAGUUGACAUUUACCAUUUCUUAGCCUUCCCUUUAGGAUGAUGUGGUGGUUGACAACAAGCCCAAGACCCAUUCCUCUCCUAGUUGCCUUGGCAACAACACAGGCUGAAAUGUCAAUAAUUGUAUGUUGUGUGUAUAAGUAUUUGUAAAUUAGCUUUUAAAGGAAAUUUUGCUCAUAUUGAAAAUACCAGCAAUGUUACGUUGCAGACUUAAAAUGAUACACCACAAACACAUUGAUCUAUAAAAUAAUUGAAGAUAUGGGUUGUUUCAAAAUUAUGAGUUUGAAUUUAAACGCGUAUGACAGCAAUGCUAUGGGUUGCUGCUUUGAAACCAUCGAUCGCUGCGAUUUUAUUAUUUUAUUUUACCUUUUAUUUUUCGGUAACGGUGGCAUAUCUUACAAAUUCCUCUGUGACAUUUUGUUUUUCCGAUUUCCAUAUCUGCGGCUUCAUCAUCGUCCGCGACGUCAUCUUCGUCUUCAAUUGUGAAGUCAAAAGUGUCA